CAGGUUUCUGUAGCAGCCAAAGGAGAGAAGCCACCUGAGGGAAGGAAGGCCAGCACAGUGCCUAGGAGCAGAGAUGAGAGCCAACUGAUGGGGACAGGCAACCUGCAGUCCACCAUGCUGGAAGGGCGUGGCAUGAACCUACCAGACCUAGACCUCUCCGCCAUCGAUGGUAAGUGGGUUCUUUAUUUUAGGGCGAAGCUUGCAAGGAUCAUGACAGACAAAGCUAAGUCCACAUCCUUUGUCAGCUGUGACAAAAAAAGGACACUUCAAAAGAAGAGACGGGAUCUUCAGGAGACCAUGGACAUGAUGGAGUCACAGACGCUGCUGAUGAUCCUGCUGUCUGUGAAGAUGGAGAACAACCUGGCUCUGCUGGAGGAGAAGGCAGAGAAAGACUUGGCAGCCAUGUUCCAUGAGAAGGAGAGGCUGCAGAGGCAGGCACUGGAGCUGCGGCGCCAGCUGCUUCUCCGACAGAAACAGCAGGAGCUGGCCGCUGCCCUUGAUGCCCAGGUGGAUCUGAGCAUGCUCCCGAAGCACCCCGGGCACACGAGGGAGGGAGAAUCAGGGUGUCACCAAUUGCUCUUUGACCGCUCUGCUCAGGCUCCUGGUGUCAGCAUGGUGCUCCAACUCUACCGCCAACCCCCACCCCAACCCAACACAAACAGAUGUUGCUUUAGGGAGCAGAGGCCUGCUCUAAUGACCCGUGACUCCACAGAUGAUCUGGAGCCAGCCCUGAGGACCACUGUGCAGCUCCUGGGUGAUCUGAGCAUCUGCUCCCCAGAUACCAGCGCACAGGUGCAGGGAGCCAGCGCACAGGUGCAGGGAGCCAGCGCACAGGUGCAGGGAGCCAGCGCACAGGUGCAGGGAGCCAGCACACAGGUGCAGGGAGUCAGCGCACAGGUGCAGGGAGCCAGCGCACAGGUGCAGGGAGCCAGCGCACAGGUGCAGGGAGCCAGCGCACAGCUGGAUUAUCUGCUGAAGGAACUGAAGGCCUUGGUCACUGAGAAAGACCUGGAGCUGCACAGACUUGUCAGCAAGGUGGUGGAACUUUCCUCCCAGGCCAGUAAGGAAGCAGCUUUGACGAACCAGGAAGUCUGGGAAGAGGCAGAGGGCACCGUCACCAGCAGCCAGUGGUACUUCAGUCCACAUGCCAGUCCCGGCCAGGACAGGAUAAAUGACAGGCCUGACCCUUGAUUGCCUCGGGAAGCCUGUUCUGCCACAAGUGAACACCAGGUCCCCACCCUGUGCUUGCUGCAUGUAAAUAAAUGUAAAUAAAAGCAUGUAAAUAAA